AUGAGUGACGAGAUAACCCACAAUCAGGAGCCGGCUCCUCACACUCUUCGAGCUCAGAGCAAAGCGUCCAGUAUGGAGACCAAAUGUGAACCGUCAAAGACCGGUCAAUCCACUCCUUCAAAGAUCACUCCUCGACCUACAUACAUCAGCAGUGCUGCAGCAGCCUCGGAUCUCAAGCUGCCUCAGCAGAUGCUGUCCAAGAGGAACACCAUCGAUAUCAAUGACUAUUUUGUCGGACCCAGAAACCUCGACAGACAUUCGAAAUGGCCUCUGUUCCUCCGGGUACAUGGCAGUGUCAUGCCGCGAAUGAUUAUCCCUUUGAUAGUGAUGACUUGCUGGUCAACCCUCAUCACCUGCGCCACCCACCUGGGGGGUGUUCCUCUGGGCAUUGAUUCGACCCUUCUUACUGUUCUGGGUUUCGUCGUUGGUCUCGCGCUCUCUCUCCGAAGCUCGACUGCAUAUGAACGUUACGGUGAAGGUCGCAAGUACUGGGCAUCCCUGAUGCAAAACUCUCGUAACCUGGCCCGUAUCAUCUGGAUUCACAAGACUGAGCGCGAAGGCGAAGAGGGGAAGGAGGAUAUCAUCUCCAAACUGACGGGGAUAAACCUCAUCGUGGCUUUUGCCGUCGCCUUGAAACAUAAGUUGCGUUUUGAGCCUGGAAAUGGCUAUGAAGAUAUAUCCGGCCUGAUUGACCACCUGGAUACCUUUGCCAAAGCAGCCAGCGACCCAAAUGGGCCUCCAGGGAAGAAACCAGGCACGCUGAAGGCUAUCGGCCAGUACUUGAGUGUUCCAAUGGCCAUGUCGAACCCACGGAAGCAGAUCAAGCGCUCCGACAAGCCGUUGGGAAACUUGCCGGUCGAGAUUCUCAACUAUCUCUCUUCCUACAUUCACGAGUCGUUGGUAAACGGCACCAUCCCUAUGCCUGUGCAUCAGUCUCAAGCCGGUGCUUGUCUAAAUGCCUUGGAAGAGGUCAUGACCGGCAACGAGCGUGUGCUAAACACCCCUCUCCCGCUCGCCUACACUAUCUUGAUUUCUCAAAUCACAUGGAUCUAUGUUAUUGCCUUGCCUUUCCAGCUUGUCAACAAACUCGAAUGGGUCACCAUCCCAGGAACCAUCGCUGCCACCUACAUCAUCCACGGCAUUGCCUCCAUCUGUGCUGAAAUUGAAAACCCCUUCGGUGACGACGUCAACGAUCUUCCGCUUGAUAUGUUCUGCCAACAGCUCGCCGCUGAUCUUGACAUCAUCACCUCCACCCCUCCAGCGAAUGCUGACGAUUUCAUCAACCGCGAAGACAACUAUGUUCUUUACCCGCUGAGCAAGAGCAGCGUUAACAUGUGGAAGGACCGUAGCGUGGAGGAUAUCCGCGCUGCUCUCAAGGCCAAGGCCACACUUACACCUGCCAGGCUCAACGAGGCCGGAUCGAGAGAUCUAGCGCUGGCCAUCAAGGGCCAGGAUGAAUCCAUUGCAUGA